AUGCCGCCGCAAAAAAACAAGAAAAGGGGAAAAGUUCCAUUUCUUGGAUUUUGGUAUGCGUGUGUGUUUUUAGCAACUCCCACCUUUGCUCCCUCCCCCCUUCCUCCUCGCGCCCCUCCUUCCUCGCCAUCCAUCACGGGCCCCGAAGGGUGCUGAAAAGAGGAAGCUCGCCCGCUCGCCCUUUAAGCCUCGCGCCCUCCCAGGACAAUCGCGGCAAACUUUUUCGCUCGCUCGCCCGGCGGUGGCGGCGGCCAAGGGGGCGGGGCCGCUUCCCCGCAGCUGCGGCUGGCGUUGGCUGAGAGCGGCGUCAAUCACCCUGAGCAGGCGGCUGGACGAGGUUGGUGGCGGAAACGACCGGGCUUGUCUCCCUGGCGGAAUCCUGGGGAGGAGGGGGCGGGGCCAGGGAGGAAGGGGGCGGGGUCUCGAAGGGGAAAGGCGAUGGCGACUGCUGCACGCUGCACUUUUCCUUUGCUCUUCUUUCUUCCCACUCGUUUGACAGGCUGUGCCGUCUUCUACCUGCUUACCCGGGCGUAAGCCCCAUUGAGCUCAGUGGGAUUUACUUCUGAGUAUACAUGUGUAUUGGAUUGCGCUUUGAAGUGCUCUUUUGGUUACAUAUUAACUGACUUUCCCUUUUUGAUCAUUUCCCCUCACUUCCCGAGCAACUAAAGUUUCUUUGCUUCUCUUUAACUUCCUUUUUCUCCCUUUCCUAGCCUUGUUCAUUUUUCACCUUUCUCUCCUUCCUCCUUUUAAUCAUCUGAUGUGAAUUUCUCCCAUAAGUGUUAAUAAUGGGUUGAUUUUUUUAAAAAUCGCAGAAGACCAAUAAACUGAUGGUGGACCGUGUGUGUCUUGUGUGGGGGUGUGUUUGUAUAUAUGGUGCCGGACAUGUUCCGAGAGGAGACUUUGCUAUCCUUCGGGCUGUUCCUUAUCUCUUCCCACUAUCUGCACCUUCCCUCAUCCUUCUCUCCUCCUCCCCAACCCCAAAGCAUUGCCACUCCUGCAAAGAGCUGCUUUUUAUUUAUUUUUUUAAAGCCACAACUUCGGCGUGUGUUUCAGGAAAGGAGAGGAGAGAAUCCCUUUUGUGCCUAGAAGAAGAAAAGAGGGUUGAAAACCUGGCGAUCCUCAAAGCUCUUAACUCUUAAGUGGCCUGCGCCUCUUCUGCUCCGGAUUGAGUGACUUGCGGGUCGCAGCCUGAAACGGCCGCGUUCAGGCAAUUCGAAUUAACGGAUAACUUUAUAUGAUUUUUAAUUUUUUUAUGGGGCAGGGAAAGCCUAAUAAUUUAAUUUCCCCUCCCGAUCUGGUGUGCUUUUGGGGGAUCGGUUCAUACCGUGUUGGGAAUCGCCCUGUGCCCUGCACAGCUUGCACAGAGGGAACCGAUCCUCCGGUUAAAAGGUCCCUAACGCGCUUUGGGAAACGCGGCGUCUUAACCUGGCCGCGUAGCGCAAUGGUGAGCGCAUCGGCCUACUGAUAGCCGUCUAGGUCUGGAUUCCACACGCGCGCGCAUCCGCAAUGGGUACCCUGUCUCCUGAUCCAGCCUCAGGCUCCCAAUUCCAAAGCAUGUCGGGCUGGACCCACGGAUCCCCUCCUACCCUCUCCAACAACCGCCACGCAACCAUCCGAGCCUCAAAACCGCUCAGCGCCUUCCAGGCUCCAGAACUUUGGGCACCGGUUCCCCAAAACGCUCAAGGUUUUUCGUAGGGGGCCUCUCUCUCCCUUUCUUCCCCUGUACACAAAAUAACCAGCCUCUCUCACACACACCCCGGCAGCAGUUUAAAAGAAAAAGUAGAUUUUCGAUCCGUUCUCAACUCGCAUUAAGCCCCCACCUGACACUGGGAUCCUGGUCCUGUAACCCUUUGGAGAGGUCCGCUCCUCUUUCCUCACCCAGCCACAACUCCGCCCUUCCUUCCUUCCUUCUCCUCCUCCUCCUCCUCUUUUCCCACCCUCUCCUCCGGCUUAUUUACUCUGUGAUUGAAACGACUUCUUUCCCUGGGUAUCAAUAUUAACAAACUCUCUGUAAUAGCAAACGCUUGAUCAAAUACAACUCAUUACAAUUUCAAAUGAGCCGGUUAAAAAAGGGGGAGGGGGGCUGGGUGGAAGGAAAAGAUUGCCCUCCUCAGUUGGCCCAGACUUCAUCCCCACCCCCAUUCCAAAAAGAAUCCUCGCUUUUUUUAAUUUAAAAGAGCUAAAACCCUGAUAGCGUUUACCAAGUGGGUGGGAGGCGAUGCGCACCUCCAAAAGCAUAAAGGCGUGCUGACCAAUGGAUAGAAUUGGGCGAUGCCUCUCUUGCAAGGAUCUCUCUUGGAAGUGUGUGUAUAGACAGAUAUUUCUCGCUUCUUCUCCUCCCGUCUCUUCCCUCCCUCCCCCCCGCAACAGCGGUUUCUUGGGUACAGUAAGAGUUUGAUCAAAAGACAAACGGAGCCAUCAGCUUGAGAAGAUGUUGAAAAAUGAAGAUAAUAACGCGCUCUUCGGAUGUCAUUAUUUUGCACUGAAUAUUUAAAGACAUGCUUCGGCAGAGAUGAAUAUACUCGGGCAGGGAAUCAGACACCACCUUCGUCCUCCUGGGCGCGCCUCUCUCCUCCUUGUCAAUUUCAACCGGCGGAGAAACUUACAUGCUGUUGUUCCCCGUGUGUUUCCCUAGACACAACACUCUUAGGAGCAGACAAUGUGUAUACACCUAUUUACACACCAGGUCGCUACGCUUUCCCGAUUCGGGAUUGCCUUUGGCCAAGCAAGUCUUUAGGUCCCUUCCAAGUUCUUGCAAGCUAGAGACGCGCUGGAAAUUAACUCGCAUUUGCAACCACAUUACACAAGGUUGGGGUGUUGUUGUUGUUGUUGUUGUUGUCAAAUAGCUUGCUUCCCCCACACCGCCUCUUUUCUUUCCCAAAAGUUCUUCCCCCUAGGAUGCAAAUUAUCUUUCGACAUCGCACCGUUUUUUCUUUUACUAGACAUGACAAAAUAAAAUUUCCAAAAUAGUGUAUUUCUGAUUCAGACUUCCCAGGACGCUGAAAAUACGACCAAAGUUCACAAUGGCCAUUAAUAUAUAUACAUAUAUCGAUCUAUUUGAGAGAGAGAUCUCCAAACUAUCAAGAAAAAUGAGAAAGCUGCAGAAAGCCAUUUAAAGUGAAAAACAAGCAAAUGGAGAAAGUUGAGGUUUUCCUUUUUAAUCAUAUCCCAGCAGAAAGAAACAAACAAAAAGAAAUUGCCUGGUGCUUAAUUUAAGGCUGCAGAUCCUGUGCGGGCAUCCUCGGGAGAAAGCCCAUGGCAUUCCGUGCGAUUUACUUCCAAGUAAACAUGCCUGCGUUCGGACUACAAGGAUGGUUAUUUCUUGCUGGUUUUUCUUCCCUUUUGCUUAGGGUAUGUCGGGGGAGGAUGAGGGGGGUUGCUCGGAGGGAGGGCGGGGGGUGAAGGGCUGUGUGUUAGGAGAAAACAGCGCUGUUUUCACAGAGAAAGAAGAAUCGGCCUUUAUUGUAUCCUGCGAGCAAUCAUUCAAUUAAACGUCAUUGCUUGGAACAGGAGUUGGAAGUGUUUACACACGUAAAGACCGCGAUCUGGUCCCCUCCCCCAUCCCCCAGGGAGAUGGCAAAAUGCAAGAGAUUUCACCCUCUCUCCAAGAUCUCCUCCUCCUUCACCCUGAGGAUUUGAUGGGUCUGUGAAGGUGGGAUCACUCUCUUCAAUGCAAAUCAAGCCCGCGAUAGGAGAGACAGCCGCACUGGGGGAUCGAUCGCGCGGAGGGAGUCUUGGAAGGAGCCUGCAAACACGGGGAUAAUUUGCAGCUCAGGCCGGCGGAGAGAGGCAAUGCGACGCACCUUUGCUCCGGAUCAUUGUUCUUACGCUUCGGGAUCAGGCAGAGCAACCUUUACCGCUCAGGGGUUAAAAAGGCACAGAGCCCGCGCGGAGUUUAAUAAUGAAGGCAUCGCUCCGCGGCCAGAGCGGGGGUGGGUGGGAAAGCCCAUUGAUUUUCCGAGGGCGAUUUCCUACGCCGCUUCCCGGUCUUGAAAAAUCCAGCUGCGAUUUCUGGCGUUUGUAGAAAACACACUUCACUUCUAAGUUUCCAUGCGCCUCUAGCAACUUCUGAGAUAGACAUCUUCCGGUUGACUUCAAAAUGUCAAAAACGUUAUUAAUAUCAACAUGUCUAUAUCUACACACACUCACAUAUAUAUAUAAUAAAAAAUAAAAUUUAAUUUUCAAAUUUUGAAUUUAAAAUAGGCACACCCCAAAACUGCACACAUUUCCACCGAAGCGUUUCUACAGCCGCCUCCGUCGUGAAACAGGCGCUCACGAAUCCCGCAAAGCCAUCAGAUUAACUCGUCACCGCCGCAGCGCAAAAAUAGGAGAAUUUAUUGACAUUUAUUUACUGAAGUCAUUCCAGAGUACAUUGCGGGAGAUGUCAAAAAUAUCCCACGUUGCCUUUUCAAAAUUUUGCGCAUGUUAAACCUCCAUGUGGAGGGAAAGUAGGAAAACAUAUACUGUAAAGUAUUAUUUUGUAAAAUAUUUUUCGCAGUUAUGUUAGCGCUUGGGGGGGGAAAACGCGUGUUGUUAGCUGUGGCCGGAGAGAGAAAUCAGUUAAGCAAAAUCUCCAUAUCAAUAUCUGGUUUUGGGGGAAUGUUGGGCAAAUUUAUUAUUCUGCAGUGCUGAAUUUAACCUUAACUGUGCAAAAAAAAGACCUAUGUCAGCCUCCGUAUCUUGAACAGACAGGAGACUUCCAGUUCUGUAUAAAGAGAGACGAAUAAAUAAAAAUGGGAGCUUCGGCGCUUUCAAAGAUGCACAUCAAACUUCCACGAGAGACUUUGGAGUUUGCUCUGUCGCCAUUCCAGAAGAUGCAACGAAAAUUGUUUCCUGAAAUUGCCUGUUUCCCUAUCAAUCUCCUGUGAUCAAGCGGUUCAUUUCAGCCCCUCGACUUUGACAGAGGAGGGGCGGGGGAGAGAAAAGGGGGCGGGAAAGAUGACCUCCCCCUUAUUUUAAGCGGGCCGUCGAUAGCUCCCCUAUCCCCCUCCCGUCCCGUCCCCCCCCCCUUUUUGAUUUAUUUUCUAAUGAUCAUCCUGCAGAACGCCAGGGCCAAAAUCGAAUGCUUCGCCAUUAUUACUGACAACUAAUAAUUGAUCAUUGCUCAGCCAGCUCAGCUUUUAGCCUUAUAAUUGAAUCAUAAGCAAUGUCAAUUGAGGAGAGAGAGAGGGAGAACAGGUGGGGGAAGCACCCAAGUGAAGGAGGUGCUUACCU